AUGGCAGAUAGUGUUACUAUUGGACAGCUAGAGAAGCUAUCAGUUCAAUGCGAUAAAGAGAAUCAACAUGUUGAAAAUAAAGAGAAUAAUAUUAAUAGUGAUAAUAUUAAUUUAUUAGAAGCCACUAAAACAACAUUACCAAUUCCAAACACAUCAAAUACAAACCCACCAAUGAAUCAAUCAUCAUCACCAACAACAACAACAACUACACCAACAACAACAACUACACCAACCACUGCAGAACCAGCAAAAAAAAGAAAAAUAUUUGCAAAAUUACAUUUAUUAAAUAGAGAUGGAUCUGUUAAAAAUUAUUUCGAAAUGAAAAAAACAAAACUUAUAAUUGGAUCUGAUACAGAAUUAGCAGAUAUUCAAGUUGUAAGACCAGGAAUUUAUCCAAAACAUGUAGAGAUUAUUUAUGAUAAAGAGAAAAAGAAAUUCUAUUUAAAUCCAUUAAUUGAUCCAAAAGAUUCUGAUAAUGUUAGACUUAAUUUCGUACCAUUCCUUCAUAAGAAAGAAGUACUUGGUAAUGGUGAUAUAAUAUCCAUUGGUUUUAGAUCAAUUAAAAUGGAAUUCAUUGAAAAAGUUACAGUCGAUCAAUUGGUUCAACCUGAAAAACAAUAUAUCCCUUCAAAUACUCCAACAUGUAUUACUAAUACUCCAAUUCAAACUCCACCAACUACCUCGCCACCUUCUUCAACAACUACAAAUAAAAAAGAUAAUACUUCAACCAAUGUAACCAAAAAGCCAAUCGCUACAGUACCAUCUACCACUACAUCUACUAAGAAAUCAUCUGUUGUUCCAGAAUCUAAGCCAGCAACUAAAACUAUCACCAAAGAAACACCAAAACCAACAAAAACAACAACAACAACAACUGUUACUACAUCAAAACCAACAGUUAAACCAACAGCAGUUAAAAAGAGUAUUAAUGAUGAUGAUUAUGGAGAUGAUUAUAAUGAAGAAGAAGAUGAUGAUGAUGAGGAAGAAGAGGAAGAGGAAGAGGAAGAGGAAGAAGAAGAAGAGGUAGAAUCAAAACAAAUUAAAGUAGUAAAUUCAAAACCAAAUGAUGAUGAUAUGUCAUGUAAAAAACCUAUGAAAUAUACAAACACAAAUGAAGAGAUGAGAAAGAGUUUAGCUAGCAAUGUAGGUGGAAUUAACUCAAAGAUUAUUAGUAAAGGUGAUAGUGUUAGAAAUCUAUUACCAAUAUCAAGUAGAAGACCAACUGCACCAGUAACACCAACAAAACCAACUUCAACAAAAAAAGUAACAACACCAAAGAAAGCAACAGUAGUAAAACCACCAAAAGAAUCAAAAGUACCAAAAGUACCAAAAGUACCAAAGGUACCAAAGGCAGCCGUAGUAGCUUCAAUUGAUGAAAAUGGAAAAGAAGAUUAUAUUAGAUUGAUUUCAUUUAAAAAAGCAAAAGAUAUCGUUAAAGCAUUCCAAAGUCAUGAGAAAUUGGUUAAAAGUAAGAAUAAUGGACAUGGUAAUAUUUCAAAUGAAAAGAAGGAGAUAUUAAAAUGUUUUGAAGUUUUAGAUCAAAUCAAUUGGAGAUUAUCAACUGAUAAACCUGGUGAUUCAAGACCAAUUUCAAGUUAUUUCAAAAAUAUUCCAAGUUUAUCUGAAUUUGAUUCUGAACUCUUAACGGAUUAUUACUCAAUGAUUUCAGAACCAAUGUCCAUAAAUUCAAUACUCUCUUCAGUAAUUUAUACAGCAGAUUAUAACAUCGAUAAUUGUUUAGAUGAUUUUAAUCAAGUCUUGGAGAAUUCAAUGACCUACAAUUCUGAAAAUUCUAUCAUCUAUUGGUUAGCUCAUUAUUGUAAAAUAGAAUUAUAUAAAGCACUCUCCAAUUCAGGUAUAAUUCAAAAUAAAUUAUAUUUAGAUAUUAAAAAAGAUUCUGAAACUUUCCUUAAAUCAAUUGGUACUCAAUUAAAAGGUGAUGGUAUUUCUUUGCCUCAAAUAAUUGCUCAAUCUGUUUCAAAAAAUAAAGAACAAACUGUACCACAGGAAGAAGAUGAGGAAGAGGAAGAAGAGGAAGAAGAGGAAGAAGAGGAGGAAGAAGAAGGGGAAGAAGGUAAAGAAGAUGAAGAGGAGGAAGAAAAAGAAGAAGAGGAAGGGGAAGAAAAUGAAGAAGAAGAAGAUGUUGAAAUUGAUGAUUGUGAAAUAGAUCAAGAAUCUGAUGAUGAUCAAUAA